ACGCCAAUUAUAAUUUCUAGCGCGUAAACUUGAAAUUACUGCCUUAUCUUCGGGAAAAAAAAUAGAGAAACAAUUUUGCCCCUUCCACCAGAAACCCCAUAGCCAUUCCCGGCGAGCCCGCCUCCAAAACUCUUCAUAUCAACUUUAACGGGUUGGUGGGAUAGCUUUCCGGAGCAUCAAUGGUACACAUAAGGGAUUUGAAGAGGAAGAAGAAGCCGAAAAAAUACGUUAACCGUAAUGCCCCUACCAUUUGCCGACAGCCCAUGGCUUGCGACUCUGAUUGGUGGAUCUUAUCCGAGGGAGAGUCUAGGUUGAGUCUGAAUUGUGCUGAAACUAAAGAAGUUGUUGAUGCAUCUACAAAAGUUUAUGUUGGAGGCAUCCCAUACUACUUCAAUGAGGAUGAUAUUAGAAGUUUCUUUGGAGGGUGUGGCCCCGUUACUCAAAUUGAUUGUAUGAUAUUCCCCGACACUGGAAAGUUCAGAGGCAUUGCAGUAAUCAAUUUUAAGACAGAUGUGGCUGCGAAAAGAGCCUUGGGCCUUGACGGAUCGGAUAUGGGUGGGCUAUUCCUGAAAGUCCAAGCAUAUAACCCAUUUAGAUCAAAAAACAAAGUUUCUAACUUCUCUUCGACAGCUGUGGAUGGUUACUACAGGAUUUAUAUAGGAAAUUUGUCAUGGGAGAUAACCGAGGACGAUUUAAGGAACCUUUUUUCUGGUUGCCAAAUAGCAUCCAUCUGGUUCGCAGAAGAUAAGGAAACAGGGUUGUUGGAAGGCUAUGCCCAUGUUGAUUUUGCAGAUAAUUGUUCUUUAGAAAAAGCGUUAAAGCUAGAUCAGAAAAUUGUUUGUGGAAGACCUGUUAGGAUAAGUUAUACUGUCCCAAAGAAGGGACGGGCACUGACCAAAUCAAUAACUACCCAUGCGAAUAAUACUCAAGUAGAGAGUUUUGACAAUUUAACAGUCGUCUCACCAGAUUAUACAGCAGGCCCACCACAAGCGAAUAAUAACAUCAAUAUCCUGACAAGCAAUCAGGCGGAGAAUGUUGAGACAGGGCCAAUCAGUGCAAAGAUUAGGAGGAGAACGUGUUAUCAAUGUGGGGAGCGUGGGCAUGUUUCGUCUUCUUGUCCCAAGAAACAGGCAACUGAAAAAGGAAAUCAAUUUGCAUUGACCAAAUCAAAAUGUACUGAAAUUAACACUCAAGCAAAGAGUGUCGACGACUCAAAUGCAACGUUAUCGCAUUAUUGUAAAGCAAGUCUACGAGUAGUGUAUAAUCAUGUUGUCUUCCCGCCAAACAAUGGGGUGAAAAAUGUUGAAAUGGGCCCAUACAGGGCAAAGAGAAGGAGUCGGAUAUGUUAUGUAUGCCGUGAGUGUGGGCACGAGUCUUCUUCUUGUCCCAUGAAACAAACCACUGAACAAGGAAAUAAAGUUGGAGCGACCAAAUCAAUAUUCAGUGAAAUUAACAGUCAACAUGCAGUGACCAAAUCAAGAUCUACUGAAAUGGGCACUCAAUCAAAGAGUUUUAACACUCAAGCAAAGAGUGCCAGGGUGAAGAGGAGGCGGUUAUGUUAUGUAUGUCAUGAGUGUGGGCACGAGUCUUCUUCUUGUCCCAUGAAACAAGCCGCCGAACAUGGAAAUCAAGUUGGAGUGACCAAAUCAAUAUUCAGUGAAAUUAUCAGUCAAGAUGCAGUGACCAAAUCGAGAUCUACUGAAAUGAGCACUCAAUCAAAGAGUUCUGAUGACUCAAAUUUCACACGGCUAAACAAUGUGCAAGUAACUAAUCAGCGUGAUGCACUGCCGAGCGCUCCAGUGCAGAUUGGCCAACUCAGUGCUAAGAUACAGCGGCGAACAUGUGACGAAUGUGGAGAACAUGGGCAUGUUUUGUCUUCUUGCCCCAAGAAACGAGUAACAGAACAAGGAAAUCAAUUUGGAUUGACUAAAUCAAGAUCUACUGAAAUGAACACUCAAGCAAAGAGUGUUGAAAUGGGCCCAUUUAGGGCAAAGAGGAGGUGGAUAUGUUAUGUAUGCCAUGAGCAUGGGCAUGCAUCUUCUUCUUGUCCCAUGAAACAAGCCGCUGAACAAGGAAUUCAAGUUGGAGUGACCAAAUCAAUAUUCAGUGAAAUUAACAGUCAACAUGCAGUGACCAAAUCAAGAUCUACUGAAAUGAGCACUCAAUCAAAGAGUUUUAACACUCAAGCAAAGAGUGCCAGGGCGAAGAGGAGGCGGAUAUGUUAUGUAUGUCAUGAGUGUGGGCACGAGUCUUCUUCUUGUCCCAUGAAACAAGCCGCCGAACAAGGAAAUCAAGUUGGAGUGACCAAAUCAAUAUUCAGUGAAAUUAACAGUCAAGAUGCAGUGACCAAAUCGAGAUCUACUCAAAUGAGCACUCAAUCAAAGAGUUUUACCGACUCAAAUUUCUCAGCUUGAUGAACUGCCAAGCGCUCGUGUGCAGAUUGGCCAACUCAGUACAAAGCUAUGGCACCAAAGAUGUUAUGAGUGUGAAGAACGUGGGCAUCUUUCUUCAUUCUGUGUCAAGAAACAAGCUGCUACAGUGCAAGGAAAUCAAGUUGUAAGCUGAUCUUGAAGAAGAUCUUGUAAAAUUUGGUUUUCUACUUAUGUACUCCGUAUAUGACUUUCAUUUAGUGAGUGUUCAGUGGGGAUAUUUCCUCUGUAUAUACGGACAAACAUGUUGGUAAUACGUUUUGGUCCAUAAGUUGAUACUUUCAAACUUGAAUUAAAGUAGUACUACCACUUGCCAUUAUUAAAAACAUACGUAGUACAUAGUACUAUCGUAUUUUUCUUUUGGUGUGUCCGUUAUAAACUUCAAUUUAUUAUUAUAGUAAUGAUU